AUGGUGAAACCCCUCAGUUUUCACCAUCAUUCAGUCGACAGUGAUCGACUGUCUGGCUACGACCCGUGCAACCAGAGACAACGUUGCCCACCCUCCAUAUACCCACCAGCGAUGGAUGUGGACGGCAUCGUAGUAGAUGCCUUCCGCAGGGGAAAGGUUCGAUACACCGUCUUCGGGGCGCCGGUCUUGGAGCUCUUUGGGCUGCAGGUUAGCUAUCCCGAUUUCUGCGGCUAUGUCAUCCCCGACAAGUACAUCUCCCAUGCCUGCCAAACACUCGAGGAUUUUGGUUUGGAACGUUGCAAACACGGAACUGCGUGUUCAACGAUGACGGGGCACAAGCAGCCCCCAACGGACGUAUAUCACUACCACCUCGAGGACGACGUGGACCGACUAACGGUGACAACUCCCGGGUCCACCACCUUAGCAGACACCAAGCCUCCUGCAAACGACCUCCAGGGCUGGCCGAUCCUGACUGUCCGAAUCUACCGGAAAAGCCUGUUCAUGUGGCAUGUGCACGACCCGCCGCUUCACAAGCCGGGGAAGCACCACCUUGAUUACAUGCUGAGUGGGGAGCCGGAGAACCGGCUGCAGAACAUCGGGCGCGAGGAUGUGAUGCUCCCUAGCCCAGGGUGCUGGGCACAAACCUUAUUCCUCCUGCUCUGCCGUGAUCUGACUGGCGGUAGUGUGUUGCAGGAGAUUUGGAUAGGGGAGCUUACGAAGAUGGCCGCUUCGCUCAAGGAUAUUUACCUCGACAUUGAGCCCCACUUCGGGAGCUUGCUGCUGGAGUUCAAGAAAUCCAUCCUUGAGGAUCAGGAUCCGCUCCGGGAGGAGAUUCGGGACGCCCUUUGGGAAAUUGGUCGCGUCAUGAAGUCGUCUGAUGAGAUGCCCAAGACCCAAGGGGCCUUGUACAAGGACCUGGGUCUUGUAGCACCGUACGGCAAUGGAGUGGAUGACGAGGAAUCUGAGACUGAUAAUUGUGGCGACGAGACUUAUGAGAACGAUGAAGUUAAUGAUGAACUUGAAAACAGUUCUAAGACUCUGGUUCUUCAAGAAGCCAUUGAAUCUGAAAACGAGGAAGAGCCGGAGACUUGCGCCUGUUCAGGCUUCAGUGAGCCAGAGGAAGGCGAGUCACUCAACGGCGACAGCGACAACGACAGCGAGUCCAGCGAUUCCACCGAGCUUGACACAUCAAGGAUGAAGGACAAGGCCCUGCCUUAG